AUGCAAGAAUGUAACCUAACAUGGAACCAAAUCAAGCAGGAAAAUAAAACCUUAAUCAAUGAAAAGAUUUGGGACUAUUUUAGUGCUAUCCCUUUUCAUACCUAUUCUCAUUAUUCAAAAUUAACACAACACAAUCUGAAUAAUUCAGAUUAUAUUAAUACUUCAUCUUUCAUAUCAAGGAAUAUAUCUUCGCAACCAAAUGACGAAGAAUUACCUAAAAAUGCUGUAUGUCAGCGUGAUUCAGUUGAAAAAAUAAAUGCGGCUAAUAAAAAAAUAAAAGAAUUUGACAAAUGUAUAGCAUUUCUACAGAUAAAUCAUUUAAAGAAACAUUAG